AUGUCGGCUACACCGCCGUUGUCGCCAUCGAAGGUUGGUUGCUAUAGAAACCAGACUCUUGGCACGCGGAAGUCACGCGUGCUGGUUGACAACUAUCUAGUCACGUGUCUACGAGAGUGUCCAGGAUCCCUCUACAUAGGGAUGCAGGGACAGAUGUGUUAUUGCCUGGACAGCAUUGUUACCGGUAGCGCUGCAGUGCCGGGAACUUUCUGUCGUACUUCCUGUCCAGGUGAGGCGGCAGCGGCACCUACGGACGCCUCUGUCUCCGAGUGCGGAAAUACUGGCCCAAACGUUGAUACGGUGGCUGUUUACAGAAGAGUCCGGCCGACGGAGAUCAAGCGGGCGCAAAACGUUGCUAACCAGGGAGAGUGUUUCGCCUACAACCUGAUGACGGACACAUGGGCCCCCGGGGACUGCGGCAUCCAAACGCCGUUUCUCUGCCUUUCAAAGCAGUGUGCUGGGCCCAUAAACCAAUGUAUCGUCAAUGGUAAUGCUGCAAACACGUGGUACGGCGCGCGUGCGCAGUGUGAGACUAUCGGUUACCUAGCACCGGUUAAUGUGACCUUGAGUGCGACCUUUCAGGACAGAGUUGUGCUCGGAAAUCCAAACUACUGGACGGGAUUGCACAGGAAAGAAAUAGUUGUCUGGAAUUAUGACGACAAUUCGAGCCAACUGGAGAGGUCAGACAGGUGCUUCGCUGUCGCCAAGCGACCAGAUGGCUCGUGGGAAUGGCGGACGGAUUCUUGCCGAAAUCAGUAUCGCUUUGCUUGCGUUCAGGAGUUAACGACAACCACCACCGCCACCAUCACCACAACGACAACACGUCCUCCAACUGCUGCCAAAACAACCCCGAUUAUGACGUCAUCAACAAGUACGACGCGUCCCUUGCCAACUGUAAACACUGAAGCGCUUCCGGUGAGCGUGACUUCCGGAUCGUCGCCCCUUUUUAAGGGAUUUCAAACAAUAAAUGGCAUCAUCUCGUCGGUUCUCGUAGUUAGUGUUAAUCUAGCACUGUUCAUUAUCUGAAUUAUUUAACAACCACGCGCAUACAGUGUCGCUGUGCUAUUUAUUUGGAAAUAACUGAUAAGCCAGUCAAAUAAUUGUACAUUUUUCUUCCCUUCGUCCAUUAUUUUAUCGUGCUCACCCUUUUACAAACUUUCUGUGCAUCUCAUUCAUCUAUGUUUAUUUAUGCUUCUUGUCAGUGCUUGAUCAUUUCUCAUUUUAUGUUAUAUUUUGUAAUUUUUAUAUGUAAGAACAUUUCUUCUAGUCAAUUGACACUGUGAUAAGUUCUAAAUGAGGAAAUAUCAU